AUGCAAAUUCAUAGCCAAGAAUUCGUAGACACCACUCCGAUCAACACACAAACUCACUCCCAAGUUAUUUCCCCAAAGCAGCUCAAUGUAAAACCAUCAUUUAUUCCAUCCAUCAAACAUGAAAAUCCAAUCAUUUCACAAUUUCUCACCACACCUGAGAAUACAACCAUCACAGGUGAGGAUAUUCAUUCUGAACAGAGCCUCCUACGUGAAUAUUCCAUUACUUUUCAAAUUAAUUUACUAGGAAAUGGACAUGGACAAUGGAGAGUUUUAUUUCAUCAUGGAAAUGCCAACACUGUUAGACAACCUGCUUGUUGGUUGUGUCCGGGAAGUAAUUUGUUGCAUUGUAGAUGUGAUUCGUCUGUUGCAGAUAAUGCAGGAUUUGAUAGUAGGCAAGAGAUUGAUUUGAAUAGGUGGACUCAUGUUGGUUUAGUGUAUUAUGGACCUUAUCAAUUCUUGUUUAUCGAUGGAAAGUUGGAUAAAUAUGAAAAGUUUGGGCAAUAUUUGAAGAGAAAUGAUAAUCAAAAUUUUCAUCUAUUCGAAAGUGGUUAUGGUUAUGAUAGAGCCAAUGCACAGAUCAAAAAUUUCAGAAUGUAUAAUAUGGCUCUGUGUGAUGUUGAUAUUUUGGAAGAUAUGAAGAGUGAUUUUCCAAUCUCAAUGAGCACAAGACUUGAAAAAGCAUUAGAAUCAAAAUCAGAUAGUUUUCUGAGAAGAGAUUUGGUACAAUUAUUAGAAAUGAAAGAAUUUGCCAAUGUACAUAUUGCUUGCUCAGAUAGUGAUCAAAUUCUGUAUGCUAAUCAUGCAAUACUAGUUGCUAGAUCUCUAUAUUUCAAGACUUUAUUGUCAACUCAAUGGAAUAAUUCAAAGGAAUACACUUCACAAAAUCCAUUUGUUAUGAAAGUUGAGUUUGAAUAUCUAAUUAUGAAGUACAUUCUCGAAUAUAUCUAUACUGGAACAAUCAAGACUAAGGAUGGUGAAUGUAUUCCAAUGGAAACUCUAUUGAAAUUAACUCAAGUGGGAAAUCAAUUAAUGCUCACAGAAAUGGAAGAUCUUGCCACUCGUUUUAUUAUUCCAAACAUUACAACUGAUAAUGUUUGUGAACUAUUCGAUUUGGCAGAAACUGCAAAUAUUGAAAGUUUAUUUAGUUAUUGUAAAAUUUUUAUUUCCAAUCGAUUCAAAUUGAUUCCAACAGAAAGAAUUACUUCAUUGAGAACUGAACUUUUAUCCAUUGUCAUUUCUGAUUUGAAAAAUAGGUUACAAUAA